AGGGACCAGUUUCCUCCGCUCUCCACCCAUUCACCUCCAGCCUGAGCAGAAGGGAACCGAAUCUCCAGCAGCACCAUGGCCUCCAACUUCUCCAGCUACAGCCUCGUCUCCUCCGCCGGUUUUAUGAGGGCCAGCCCUGUGCACUCUGCCUCCAGCGGCUUCCAUCUGGGCAGCAGGAGGGCCAGCAGCGUCUAUGGUGGAGCUGGAGGCUCUGGGAUUCGUAUCUCCACCGGCAGCAGCUUUACAAGUGGCUUCAACCUGGCUGACGCCGUGGACAUCUCUGCAAAUGAGAAGGCCACCAUGCAGAACCUCAACAACCGUCUGGGCUCCUACCUGGAGAAGGUGCACUCCCUGGAGAAGGCCAAUGCUGAGCUGGAGCUAAGGAUCCGCCAGUUCCUGGAGAGCAAGGCUUCCCCCAAGGCUCGGGACUACUCUGCAUACUACGCCACCGUCAGUGACCUCCAGGCCAAGAUCCAGAAUGCCACCACAGUGAACAGUGGAAUCUAUCUCAGCAUUGAUAACGCCAAGCUGGCAGCUGAUGACUUCAGAGUCAAGCAUGAGAGUGAGCUGGCCAUGAGACAGUCAGUGGAUGCCGACAUCGCUGGGCUGAGGAAGAUUCUGGAUAAGAUGACCUUGGUCAGGUCAGACCUGGAGAUGCAGAUUGAGAAUCUGAGGGGGGAGCUGGUCUAUCUAAAUAAGAACCAUGAGGAGGAGCUCUUGGCAAUUCGCUCUCAGAUGGGUGGUCAGGUCAAUGUGGAAGUGGACGCUGCACCACAGGAAGACCUCUCUGCCAUCUUGGCUGGAAUCCGCGAACACUACGAAGCCGUGGUCGCCAAGAACCAUAAAGAAAUCGAGGCCUGGUACCAGACCAAGACCGAAGCACUGAGCAAAGAAGUCGCCAUCAGCACAGAAAUCCUCCAGACGUCCAGAUCAAAAAUAACAGAUGUCAAACGUACCUUUCAGAGUCUAGAAAUUAACCGGGACUCUGAGUUCAACAUGAAAGCGUCUCUUGAGACGACCCUCACUGAGACCCAGAGCCGUUACGCUAGAAUGCUCGCUGGCUACCAGGUGCAGGUGACCAGUCUAGAAGAACAGCUGGCGCAGCUCCGCGCUAAUCUGGAGCACCAGGGUUGCGAGUACCAGAUACUUCUGGACGUGAAGACCAGACUGGAGCUGGAGAUCGCCGAGUACAGAAGACUGCUGGAUGGACAGACCACCACCACCACCACCCAGUCAUCUCGAAAGGAGGUGAUUCUUACAGAAGAAGUGGUGGACGGUAAAGUGGUCAGUUCACCCUGAAACUCCACUAUGUGACAUGAAGACCCUGAGUCAUAUGAAAUUGAUCCUUAAUGCUCAUAGAGAUCAAUAAAAUCAGGAGU